AUUUUCAUUUUUGGGUGAACUAUCUCUUUAAGGCUUUCCCUUUACAGUUUUCCCCAUGAGUUAUGACAUCACAUGAUUACUUUUCUUCCUUUCAGUACUACACUUCAUUUUCCUGUGAGAAUCCAAGACUCUUGUGAAAGAGUGCCUCCCCCUCGACCAAUCUGACUCCUCCACACGACUGACUGUCACUGCCUGCACUUUCAACUGUCCUCGCGGCUGCUGCAACUUUUUCUACUCUAAAAAAAGGGGACAAAAAGAUAAACUUACUGACCAGAGAUGGACCUGAUAACUGUGCUGGUGAUGAGGGUGAUGGGCAUCCUGCUCGGACUGUCUGUAUGCAUGAUCAGACCUAUAGAACCGAUAGAUAACAAUGAUUUUAUAAGGAAUCAACUCCAAAAUGCUGCCCAGAUUGCACUAGAUGCUAUUGGUUCUAACGCUGUGUUGUAUGCUUCUGAACAUCGAGCGGAAAGGGGCCAGCAUGUCUUUAACAACGGACUCCUUAAGUUUCACGAAAAAGUUCUGGAUGACCUGCAGAAAGCCCUGCUCGAAAAUGACAACAUCCUAAUCCCUGAUGAAAAAAUGAAACUUCUGAAGCAGCGUCUUAAUAUCACACUCAGCACAGAUGCACGAAAAGAUAUUGGAGAUAUGGCGGUCCACUUCGGUGAGAAGGAUUUCUAUGUGGAUUAUAAUGCUUGUGUGUAUGGCGAGUAUAUGAAGCAGCUCCGACAAACAAUUGUGGAAUUGCUAAAGAGUUCUACAGCUAUCGACUGUGACAGAGAUGAAGCUAUGAAUAUUUGUCAGCGAGUGAAGUUGAUCGCCAAUAUGACGGUGGAACAUGAUGUGUAUGUAGACCCCAUGGCCCGCGAUCACUGGCUGAAACAAAACAAAAAUCUGCAACAGCAACGUCAGCAACAGUAUAAUCAGGUCAGAAAUGAAUUGCAGAACAUGUUCCAGAACAUCCUGAUUAACUUUCGAGAAGUUUAUCAGACUAUCCACCACUUUCGCCGGACAUACACCUGGAACAGAUAAAACCAUCUGCUCUAAAACCUGAUUCAGAACCACUCCUGCAAAUCAUCUUAUCGAUCCUUUCCCCAUCAUCUAUAGUCAGGGUUAGAAAAUUGUGUAUGGAGAAAAAUAUGAAUUUCCAAACUAUUGACCCAUUCAGUUUCAUAAAAUAUAAAUAUCAAGAAUUUCUUAUAAUACAUUUAUUUUAUGAUGCUCAUGUUUUGCGUGCUGCCAGUGAUUGACCAAUUUUACUGCAGGACUGUUUGCUGUGAUUGGAUGUUAUGCAGUUGGACAGUCAAGAGCCCCAACUGUGCAUUGAAGUGUGAAUCGAAUGAUUGGCCACAAUGGGUAAAUGUAAGUUUUAUGACAGGGUGUCCGUGCGGUAGUAAAAAGUAUCUACCAAAAUUGCCCUUGAAAGGUAGUAAAAGGUAACAAACACAAUUUGACUUGGUAGCACCUUUUUUUUUGUGUCUCCACUAGAUCCCCACAUGCAAAAUGUUUUUAUUAUUGUGUUUUUAUUCUUGAGUUUAUCCCUAAUCAUUUAUUAACAUAAUCAUCAUUAUCAUUUUACAAUCAUUAGUUAUGCAUAUAAUACUUUUUUGAUUGUUUAAUAUUAUUUUAUCAUUAUCAAUUUAAUUAUCAUUAUUUUUAUCAAUACAUUAUUGUUUAUUCAUUUAUCCAUUCAUUUAUUCAUCAUUGUUUAUUCAUUUAAUCAUUAUGUUUCUAUAUUAUAUAUGUGUCUUAUUAAUUUCAUGGUGGUUCAGUCUCACAUUGUGAAGUCUCAUGAGCUGUCCUGUGUGUAAACAGAGACAGAUAAAGAGAAUGUUUAUGGAAGCCCAAGGUCUAUGAGAUGUUAAGCAAUUUUGAUUUAACAGUACAUGUUGAAUUCAUGCGGGUUGGACGAGGUUUGAACAUUGAGACAUAUGCAACUGAAACUGUCCAUCAAUAAAACUCAAAAAAAAAAAUUAGCAUCUAAA